UAUCCUCGGAUUUGUUGAAACUCCACGCCUUCGUUUGGGCACCUCGUAGACCCCAUCGUGGUCACAAUGCGGUCAGUCUGUAGCCGAAACUUGGACGUGGGGUAUGCAUUGAGUAUUGCUAAUUUGAUGUCGAGGGAAGGGGACCAUCUGGGGAAGUCUAGCUUUCGUUUCAUUAGAGCUACCAGCGACGGUCAUUUUUCUUCGGCCGCUUAGAAGUCAUAUCCCGGGAGACAUCGAUUUGGAGGUUAUUGAUCCCACUGACGUUGCUGACUUCCAUAGAGGCACGCAGUCCUGUGCCUGAGGGAGGAGCAAUCGAACAAGCAGUUCAGUCAAUUUCACCGCAAACACUGUAUAUGUCUGCUCUGCUGUUUCGCAACUCGAUAAGAAAAUAAGCUCCUAUGACAAUAAUACCCAUGUAUGCGUUACUCGUAUCGAUUUUGUUUACGACAGCGAUGCGGAACUUCGCUCUCUAUAGGUUAUCACUGCCGAGCGGUCACGCUGUCCUUCGUUGCAGAGGGCAGUUUGUGACGGCUUGGCGCACGUUUCAUGCAUGGACCUUCGUGAUGCUUGAGGAAGAUCAAAGAUGUUCAUAUUCAAAGACUAGGAUCCCUAUCGACGAUCCUCGACUAGUGUUGUAUUUCGACAACGGUGAAACAUCAUGUUCGCUACGAAUGAAACACAUUUAGGAUGGACUGAUGUUCCCGCC